UAAACGAAUCGCCAUGAGGUAGAAGGUAGGGAAGCGCCUAGAGCCUAAGUCGUAUGUUUAUAUAUUGCGCCGAAGUAGUGAUUCGUCCUAGUCAAUUGACUCUUGUCCCUCCUUAAACUGUUUCAGUCCAAUAACUUCCAAUAACUUCAACUUUUAUCACCAACUUUUAUAUCCUUAGAGGACUUAUAAGAUCCGGAUAUCUGGAUAGUUCUUGAUUUCCGACUCAUCGAUUAAAACAAACCUACCUACGAGGUACAUACCAAAAAAUCUAUAAUGUCGAGAUCCAGACUGCCCCUCGUCCUCGGCCUGACGGCUGCAGGUGGUAUUGGUUACUACCUGUAUAGCGCCGGCGGCAACACCAAAGUUGCCCAGAAGAACGCUGAAGCCGACGCUCACAGAAUUUCUGCCCAGUUCAAAUCAGAGCUGCCCGGUCGAGGAGAUCAGGCUAAGAAAGACGUCGAGAAGUACGGCGCUGAAGCCGGCGCAAAGGUCGACAAGACUAUUCACAAGACAGAAUCCGAGCUGCGAAAGGCGGCUGCUGAUGCCGAGGCCUACGCAAAGGAUGCCAAGGCCGCUGCUCUAAAGAAGGUGGACGAGUUCGACAAGAAGGUCGAAACCGAAGCGUCCAAGGCCAAGAGUGGCAUCUCUAGCUGGUUCGGCGGAAAGUAAACGGGUCGGCGGGUGCUCGUUGUUCUGGUUUAGGUGACAUGGGAUUAGGGUCGGGUUUGAUGACGGAGGAUCAUCCAAAAUGGCCGAACGGAUUAUUCUAUACGAUUGACGUCUAUACGCAUCAUCAUAAUUAUCCUCAUUGCUAGCUCUCUAG